AUGCAACAAUCACUGACACCUUCAUAUAAUAAAAAGUCAGGUUCUAUUUCAUCAAACUCAUCUACUUCUAGCUCAUUCCAUUCAUCCACAACAACCAUGACAUCAACAGUCACUCCAAAACAUAAUAAAAUUCCACAUCAACAGCAACAACAUCAUCAAAAUCAUCAACAAUCUCAACCAACUUCUUAUCAUCAUCAUUAUCACUUGAAUGGUAAAAAUAACGCUAAUGGACAAAAUUCACAACAUACUCAAUCCCAACAUGAGAAUGAAGAAAAAGCUAGUAAUGGAGCAGUGGAACAUCAUCAUCAUUAUCAUCACCAUCAUCAUCAUCAUUCCUCACCAUCAUCAAUUUUCCCAACUUCAUCUAGUUUAAGAGACAUUUUAUCAUUAGUUUUUAUAACAUUAUCAUUUCCACAAUCAUUAUCAUUAGUUAUUUGCAUUUUAUAUUUGAUAUUAGGAUCUAAUUUUAUGGGUGGGAAAUUUUUAAUUAAUUUUUUACUUCCAAAUGAACAUAAAUCUGUCUACAAGGGGUUCAAAAAAUUAUCAUUUUCAGCAAUUAAAAUUACAGUCUUUGAUUCAAUAAUAUAUUUAACAUUAAUUAAAUUAAUAAAAAGAAAAAAUUAUUUUAAUUAUUUUAUUGUUUUAUCAAAAUCAAUUGUUGCAAGUGAAUUAAUUGGUUCAUCAUCAAUAAAUUAUAUAAAUUCUAUCUCAACAAAAAAAAUCACAACUAAAAUACAAUAUGAUGAUAAAAAUAAAAUGUUAUUCAACAACAAUUUAAUGAAUGCAAUUUUUUCUUUUAUAAUCAUUAAUUAUAUUAAUUAUUUACUAAAUUGGUUUCAUUUUACAAAUCGUUCUUCAACAAUUGCAAAUUUUAUUCCUGUAAAUAAUUUAUCAUAUAUAAACAAUAUUAAUUUUAAAGAAUAUAAAAUUCAAAUUUAUUUAUUUUUAUCAAUUCAUAUUAUUAAUCAAGCAUUUUUUUUAAAAAAAUCAACAAUUAUAUCAAAUUCAAUACCAAAUAUAAGUGAUGAAAUUUCUGUAAAUGUUGAUGAAAAUAAAUUACUAGACAUUGAAAUAAAUCUUGAUAAUAAAAAGGACACUAGAAACUCAUCAACAUCAAUUGCAUUUAAAAAUUUUGAAAAUUUUAUUGUAUCACCUUUCAAUAGUAAAUUAACAAACCUAAAGAAUCGAAUGAGAGCAAGUUCAAUUACUGCAAAGCCUAUAGUAUUAUCUAAAACUGCAUCAAGUACUUCAACAACAUCUUCAAUAACUUCAACAACAUCUAAAUCAUUAACUACUACAACUAUAGCUCCAAAUGUUACUAUAAUUGAAAAUACAAUUAUAAUUCAACCUUUUUGGUCAAUAAUUGCUGCAUGCAAAGCUAUUUUGAAAAAUCCUAAUUUAUUUAAUGGAGAAUCAUCAUUUCAAAAACAAAUCAUUGAAGAAAAACCAAUGGCUGUUUUAGUGAUUGAUUCAAGUAAAGUUAUUUUGAAAUUUUUAACAUUAAUAAAGGGAGAAAUUACGAUUAAAUUGAAUAAUAUUGAAUGGUCUUAUUUUAAAUUAAUAAAUGAAAAUGAUGAACAAUAUUUGAUUAUAUAUGGAUUAACUCCUUUAUUUCAAUAUGAUGUUGAAAUUUCUGAAGAUAAAAAUUUAAUAAAUCAAUUAUUAAUUAAUACUACUGGUGAUAAUGAAAUUAUUAAUAAAUCAUUACCUGAAACAUCAUCAUUAAUUACUUUACAAACAUCCUUAAAUUCAUCAAUGAGUAAAUUAAAUAAUGUUAAAUUAAAAUUAAAAAAAUUUAAAAAGGAUGAAAAUAAGAAAAUUCAAGAUAUUAAAAAUUCAAUAGAUGUAUUAAAGAAUAAAAUAUCAAAAUAUAAUUCAAAUAAACCAAUAAAUGAAAAUAGAGUAUUUGGUAAAAUUAAAGGAUUAAAACAUUCAGUUAUACAAUUAGAAAAUGAAAUUACAAAUAUUCAAAUUGAAAUUGAAAAUUUACAAAAAGAAGAAAUGGAAUUAGAAUCAGAAUUUAAAUUAAAACAAGAACAAAAUGAAAAUAAAAUUAAGGAUUUAGAAAAAAUUUAUCAAGAUUAUGAAAUUAGAUUAAAAGAUGCUAAAUCAAAUUUAAAUAAAAUUAAACAAGAUCAAUCACAAUUUGAUUUAAAAUUAAAUAAAUUAAUCUCAAAACAAUCAACAAAACAAGAAGAAAUUAAACUGAUAAAUUCAGAAUUUAAAAAUUUAAAAAAGCAAGAAAUUUUAAAUAAAUUUUCAAAAAGAAUUAAAAAAAUUAAUGAAAAAUUUGAUACUAUUAUUCCAAAAAUUAUUCAUGAAACUGAAAUUUUAAAUCGUGAAUGUUCAAAUUUAAUUAAUAAUGAUAUUGAUGAUGAUUAUGUACAUGUAUAG